AUGUCUUCGAAUCCCAACGAGAGAUUUGGUUUUGGAUUGCUCCGUAAGAAGCAACCGAAGCAGAAACGCCAGGGACGUAACGAAACAAACGAAGAUGGAUCCGAGUCCAGCGAUGGAUAUUCAGACUUAGAUGCAGAUUAUGUCUCUUCUUCUAACCUUAAUUUACCUAGUUUCAGACCAUCUGGCAAGUCUACAGACGAGUUGCGUGGCAGCGGUAGUCGAGGACCCUCCAGGAAUUUAUCACCAUCUGAUAGUGGUCAGGGACAUCUGAAAACCGAUGAUCUGAACCAGAGACGUCAGAUGAUCGAGGACGACGCUAUAGCUACCAUCAGAGAUAAUUCUGGCGCAGACAGGUGCUUCGAUGAUGUAGAUGAUACAGAGUCUGAAGCAUCAGCUCACGGCAGUGCGGCGUCGCCCGUAAGUAGUCCAAGCAGGAGCAAAAGACUUCAGUUCAAGUCUCGUCCCAGUAUCAUACCUGAGGAAGUCGUGGCUCCAGAUGAGAAGGACUAUACUUACGAGGAAAAAGAUAAUGAUGACAAGACGCCAAUGCACGAACAAGACGAUACCGUAUCUACACAGUCAUCUGAAACUAAGAUGGACCAUUUCAGAAAUCUAUUUAGAAGAAGAUCUACCAUCCGUGGUCCCAGUAGUGAAACUCGCCCAAGAAGAAGCUCCACUGCUCGGAGAGGCAGCAUAGGAAUGAGAAACUUGAGCGGAGGCAUAGAAGACGAUGAAGCAAACGAGGGUUUCUUGCAAAAAUUCCUGAAUAUGACAGGUGGUGGGUUGGUUCCAGGUGUCACUGGAGGAGAGGCCCCCGCUGAAGACGACCAUGAACGCGUGUCAGGGCAACAGAACUUGGAAGACCCUCUCCCAAUGGAAGAUAUCGAUGCUGCAGCACAACAAAUCGUUCAAGCCCAUUCUAACAUGGCUAAAAGAAAUCCAUCUGUUUCGCAAGGUAUAUCCGGAGGUUCAUAUUCCGUAGCGGGGCAUGCAGAUCCUGGUAGCCCUCAAAGGCCAACUAAUGGUGCAGAAAGAUACCAGGAUCCAGAAAGCAUAGACCCACAUGAUCCGAUCACUCGUAAGGUGUCAAACAGCUCUGAUCCAUUGGCAACCCCUCAUGGUGCGGUAUCGCCCUUUGAUCAAUCAGCUGAUGGAGCUACUAUGGUUUCUUCUGAUCAUAAUGAUGCGUUCUACGUCCCUGCAAUGGGUCAUUACGAUGACAUAGACGACCAGGAAGAUAUGGAACCCUUAAUGGUUGAAGGAUCAUACAUCGCUCCAGCUAAUAGGGUCAGAGGUGGUGUGCUAGGUUCUCUACUUAAACUCUAUCAGAAUCCAGAUGACAUGGCCUCAAAAUCUCAAGUUUCACUAAACGAGUCAUCUAUAGAACAAACACCGGAUCCUGGUGAUCAGAAUGAUGCCUCUGGCGCCGCAAGUAAGAAGAAUUUCAAUCCGUUCCAUAAGAAAACCAAGUCACAAACUACUUUGGCAGAUGGGGAAAAACCAUCUGCGGAUAACAAUUUGCCAAACUUUAAAGCUACUAGACCAAAACCUAAGAUGAAGGCGGCUAAAUUCAAAAAGAAACAAGCUACGGAAGCAAGAAUCACUGUUCAUAUUGCAGAUUUAUUACAAAGACAGAGAUUCAUUUUGAGAUUAUGUAAGGCGUUGAUGUUGUAUGGUGCUCCAACACAUCGUUUGGAAGAAUACAUGGUAAUGACUUCUCGUGUUCUCGAAAUCGAUGGGCAAUUCCUUUAUGUUCCUGGGUGUAUGAUUAUCUCUUUCGGUGACAUGACAACUAGAACUUCGGAAGUGCAAUUAGUCAGAUGUAAUCAAGGGUUAAACUUAUGGAAAUUACAUGGCGUUCAUUCUGUGUAUAAACAAGUCGUCCAUGACAUAAUGAGUGUUGAAGAUGCUAAUAUUGAAAUUGACAGAAUCUUGAAUGGUAAGAAUUUGUAUCCCCCUUGGGUCUCUGUUUUCUUGUAUGGAUUCUGCUCUUCUAUGGUUACACCAUUUGCCUUCGGUGGUGAUUGGGUUAACAUGGCUGUUGCGUUUGGCAUUGGUCUUUGUGUUGGAUUGUUGCAAUUCAUCGUCUCUCAAAAAUCAAACUUGUACUCAAACGUUUUUGAAAUCACGGCAUCUAUUGUUGUUAGCUUUUGCGGUAGAGCAUUGGGCUCUAUUCCAAACUCUAAUAUAUGUUUUGGUGCUUCAGUCCAAGGUUCCUUGGCCCUAAUUUUACCUGGAUAUAUCAUCUUGUGUGGUUCUUUGGAAUUGCAAAGCAGAAAUUUGGUUGCUGGUGCAGUUAGAAUGUUUUACGCUAUCAUUUACUCGUUGUUCUUGGGAUUCGGUAUCACCCUUGGUGCAGCUUUAUUCGGCUGGUUAUACCACGGCGCAUCCAAUGAAACAACAUGUGCUAAGAGCAUUUCUCCAUGGUAUAGAUUCAUUUUUGUUCCUUGCUUUUCAAUUGGGUUGGGUUUGAUCAACCAAGCCAGAUGGUCGCAACUUCCUGUGAUGACAUUCAUAUCUUGCUGCGGAUACGUCGUGACAUACUUCUCAGGAAAGCAUUUUGCAAACUCUACUGAGUUCACUUCUUCUCUAGCAGCAUUCGUUAUUGGUAUCAUGGGAAACCUGUAUUCAAGAAUAUGGAAAGGUUUGGCGGUUUCAGCAAUGUUGCCCGCAAUUUUUGUCCAAGUUCCUAGUGGUGUCGCAUCCCAGAGUUCACUUUUAGCUGGUGUUCAAAGUGCCAAUGCAAUCGUCCAUAAUGGUACUACUACGGUUGUUCAAAAUACAGGUAGCUCAACAUCCUUCGGUAUUACUAUGAUUCAAGUCUCGAUUGGUAUAUCUGUUGGUUUAUUUGCAUCUACAUUAUUUGUAUACCCCUUCGGAAAGAAGAGAACUGUACUCUUCACUCUAUAG